UUUAAUUUUUCUGCAGAGUAUUCGUGAAAAACUGAAACGAGAAAUCAUUUACUUCUUACUUUCGAUCUUUCUGCGAGUUUUGGAAGAAUUUGAGAAGAUGUUGAAAUCGAUUUCAUCCGAAAAGGUUAGCUAUCACAUUCCUGAUGAUCUUACUUUUUCCAUUUUAUCGAAAUUGCCUCUUAAAUCUCUGAAACGAUUCACCUGUGUACGCAAAUCAUGGUCACUUUUGCCUCAAAACCCUAAUUUCAUGAACAUUUACGGCAACAAUUUCAUGUCUAGAAAUAAUGAAUGUGAAGAGGGUUCAUCUUUCCUUUUACUACAAACUCAACCAUUUCAAGAGCUAUAUUUGCUAUCUGAUGAGAAUAAGAUCAAAUUAGAUUGGCCUCAUCAAUUUGAAGAAGAGGAAAGAAACGAGGUGUAUAUUUUGGGUCCAGUUAUUAACGGCAUUGUUUGUCUUUUUCAAGGGCAAUCAUCAUGCGUUGUAUUAUGGAACCCAGCCACCCAAGAAUCCAAGCUCCUUCCUUCCAGUCCUGCGGGGUCACCGAUACUUUAUGAGUAUAUAUUUUUUGAGUAUCAUGGAUUUGGUUAUGACCAUGUCACAGAUGACUACAAGGUGAUUCGAUAUGUGUCUUAUCGAUUCUGUCAAACUGACUUUGAGACUGACUAUGAGAAUGACUCAGGAGAUGAGCUAGAGAUUCCUGAGACACGCGACGCCACGUGGGAGGUAUACAGUCUAAGAAACAAUUCUUGGAAGAAACUUGAUUUGGACAUGCCUAGAAGUUUUCAUUGGCAGGUAGGUGCCUUUGUUUAUUUGAAGGGACUGUGUUAUUGGUACGAUGAAGGUUUGUUAAGUGAAGGUGAAUAUCAAAAUAAAGCAUAUUUAGUGUCAUUUGACUUAAGCAGUGAGGUUUUUUGUACAACAUCCAUGCCCUUGGAUAUGAAUGAUGCUUCUGAUGUUGUAUUUGUCAGUAGACACUUGUUGGUAUUAAACGACCACAUUGCUUUUAUCUCAAAUUAUGUAGAUACGACUACUUUUCACAUAUCAAUUUUGGGUGAACUUGGCGUGAAAGAGUCUUGGACUAAAAUCUUCAUUCUAGGGCCUUUACCUUGCAUCGAGGAGCCUAUUGGAGUGGGAGAAAAUGGUGAUUUAUUCUUUAGAAGAAAAGAUGACGAAUUAGUUUGGUUUAAUUUUAGUACCCAGAUAUUCAAGGAGCUUGGUAUUAAAGGGAAAUUCUGUUUUUGUCACAUUGUCAUUUACAAAGAAAGCCUUUUUCGCACUGGGCAGAUAAAUAAUUGAUUAUUUUUCUUUUAUAAUCUCAAACAUUUUCCCCGAGAGGCUUAUGCCAAUUGUUAUUAGGGUUUUCCUAUAUAUACUUAUGCUUGUCAAUUGCGUAUGUUGUAAUUAUUUUCAAGUAUAGGUCAUUAAAAACAUCUUAGCAAUAUGAAUCUUGCUUUAUGGAUUUUAUUUUGAUGUUUA